AUGGUGGCGUGUUAGCAAGAAGCAACGUUGCGGAAAAAUGUCAGAUACUGUGCUGGGUGUCGGUACCGGCAUUUUUAUCAUUGCGGUCGUUUGGAUCGCGGCUCUGGUGUUCGGGACGAUGCUGCUCAGAGCGUCCGGAUCAGCAAAGUUAGGAGUUAUCCCUGUUUUUCUCCUGGCUCUCACCAUCACUUUGGUAUUGGUGUUAUUUCCUCGCACCCCGGAGACGCCGCCGCCUUUCAAAGAGAUAGAGAUAGUGGACACUUUGUUCAUCGGCCGCUACGUGCUCCUGGCCGUGGUGAGUGCAGUCUUUCUUGUGGCGCUCUUCAUGCUGCUCCCCUUGCAUUUCCUGGAACCGGUGUAUGCCAAGGCCUUAAGAACACACUAGAGUUGCCAGGGUCAGAGUUGGCACUUGGAUCACACUGCCGAUGUACACGAGCAUUAAGACGAGCAGCGCUGGUGAGUCGCAAGAAGCCCUCCUUUAUGUGGAAACAGACUGCAGAAUGCAUCCUAAACAGACACAGCAGGACAGCCAGUGUUGUGUUCAUGGACUACGGUUUGUGGGUUGUUGACUGUUUAUACCAAAGGGACAAGACUUGGGUUGUUUCUUUAUAUUUGGUAUCAUUUACCAUGAGCAAUGACACAUAAUUAAGUUUUUUAAAAAUGUGAUCUGUUGUAGCGUUUCAUAUUUAAGGCCAAGCAAUAGUAAAAACACAUGUACUGUGUGACUGAGUUUCUUCUAUUUUCUACUUUGUUAUUCCCAUAAUACAGUGAGCUGACAUGUUAUUGUGUUAAAAAUGUUCAUUAAUGUUCUACAUGCAUUGUUUGUCAUGUGCCAUUCACGACUGUCUACAGCUGGAAGAUUUAAUGUGUGAAUAUUUAAAUAGACUGAAGGAUAGUGAAUCUAUGUGUUGUUGUUAUUUUGUACUGUAACUAAUUUCAAUAAAGUGUGAAGCCAGUA